AUGUUUGAGACCCUGUCGGAAAAGCUGAACGGCGUAUUCGGUCGCCUGGGGAACAAGGGCAGGCUGACCGAGCGCGAUGUGGAUGCUGCUCUGCGCGAAGUUCGAAUGGCCUUGCUAGAGGCGGAUGUGAACUUCCGCGUGGCGCGUGAGUUCAUAGCGCGAAUCCGCGAGGAAUCCCUGAAAUCCGAUGUGCUUCAGAGCCUGUCGCCCGGACAGCAGGUUGUUAAGGUAACCAACGAUGCCCUCGUGGACAUCCUUGGCGGCAAGGUUCAUCGCCUUGAAGCCGGGCCCCGGCGUCCGUCCGUCAUCCUGAUGGUGGGGCUUAACGGCGCGGGCAAGACUACCGCCUCCGCCAAGCUCGCCCACUACCUGAAACAGGACGGCCAGACGCUCGUAAUGGUCGCCGCAGACUUGCAGCGCCCUGCUGCUAUCCAGCAGCUCGAAACGCUGGCAACCAGAUCGAUGGAUGGAGUCAAGCGCGCCUCUGAGCUGAACGCGGCAUGGGCAAUCGUUGACACUGCUGGACGAUUCCAGGUUGACGACGACCUUAUGUCUGAACUCGAAGCGGUGAAAGACGCCGUGUCACCCGACGAGACUUUGCUGGUCGUGGACGCGAUGACGGCACAGGAAGCCGUCGAAGCCGCCAACCAGUUCCAUGACGCAUUGGCUUGA